AUGCAGGUCGUUAAGAGUUUGUUGUGUUUUGUUUACGGAUUUGUUGUUUUGAAUGUAAGUGUGUGCACAGGACGCUCUUGGGUUACGACAGAUGAGUUAGAAAACCACAUCAGUCCCGAAGAUCUCAAUGAAUUUUUAAAAUGGCGAUUUUUAAAUGAAAAUGACGAUUCAACUACAACUUCGUUUCCUGAUUUGGAUUACGGUUCGCUUGAGAAUAAUAUAACUGGGCUCCCUGUACCCGAUAUCGUGGAUUGUUUCGGCUUGGGCUCUUUCGCUCAGCAUCUCUUCAAUAUGCAACCGGACUCUGUCGAUAAAGUCAAUACUCAUUUCUACUUUUCUUCACGGCAGUACCCGGAAAGGGUUCAGGUUUUCCCUGGAGAUCAAUUUGGCUUGGAAUGGGUGGACUUCCGACCAGACCGACAAACAGUGAUGAUUGUACAUGGAUUCAUGAGCCACAGCAAUGCUUCGUGGGUUACCGAUAUGACUCGAGCGUUUUUAGAAUGGGAUGACGUGAAUGUAAUCGCUGUUGAUUGGAGCAAAGGUGGAAAUACUUGGAAGUACUGGAGAGCUGUAGCCAACACCAGAAGGGUGGGGUCCGAUGUAACAGGGUUUCUGCGUCAACUGAUAGCUGUGACCGGAGCGAAGGUCAAAGACUUUCACUUCAUCGGACACAGUCUCGGCGCUCACAUUUCCUCAUACGUUUCGUACCAUUUGGGAGGCGUCUCGAGGAUCACUGGACUUGAUCCAGCCCAGCCCUGUUUUCGCACUAACAGUCUAGCCGAGCGUUUGGACGCUACCGACGCCGACUUCGUUGACGUGAUUCACACGAACGGACGGCUUUUAAAGAGGAUCGGUUUUGGAUUACCCGAACCUACAGGUCAUGCAGAUUUUUAUCCCAACGGCGGUAUGAAGCAGCCGGGCUGUUACAACACGUCCAAUUCAAUAUGGGCGCGCAUCGUGUCCAUACCGGUCGCAAGACUUCAGCAAGCGAUAUGCAGUCAUGGACGUUCAUAUCUUCUCUUCACCGAGUCUUUAAUCAACAAUAAUUGCUCGUUUAGGGGUCAUCGCUGGAAUUUGACUUACGAAGGUGUCAAUGCGUCUUUAGAAGCAGCUUGCGACCGAAUAGCGUCCUGUUCAGAAAUGGGGAUACGAGCAGCGGGUGGAGACGGCUUGGCCAGAGCCAUUGGUGCUUACUUCGUGCUGACUACAGACAAGGAACCUUAUUGUCCUACAGAGUGGGAACGUCGUCAUCCACUGCCGGAAUUGUUGCAUGACCUUCGUAAAGGCUUUCGUUUGGACCGAUCGAUAAAACCAGCUGCCAACGUAACCGAGGGAUAUGCCAAUCCAGAUAGAACAAAGCAAGUAACUACCACCACUGAGACAAGUGGAGGUCUUCUGGUAGACAUGAUGAAGAGGGCCGUCCAGAACAAGCAAUACGCAGAGAUCGACCACGCGAUUAAAACCAAAGUGGAACCCUUCCUGUACAAUAAGGGAAACGGUCGUUACAUACCUAUAUCACAUCUCGUUUUGUUUCGGAAUAAAGAAAGGCCCCGGCACAAAUUGUUGCCUGCUUUGAGAGGAAUGGAGAAUCCUGACGAAGAAUUUGACGUUGAGAAGGAUUGGCCCGUCGUGACACAAGAGCAGUACGAUGCAAAUCCUUCGGGUUAUAGAGAACUGUGCUGGGAUUUGAAGGAGCGUGGAGCUGUCGGGGAAACUAUACUUCAUCUGUGUUUGUUGAACGCCACGACUCUUCGAGAUGAUCUUGCAAAGAGAAUUCUGCGAUUCUAUCCAAAGCUUAUUAAUGACAUUUAUAUAAGCGACGAAUAUUACGGUGAGAGUGUACUUCACAUGACGAUAGUGAACGAGAAUCCAACUAUGGUAAAGUUCCUUCUGGAUGCUGGAGCAGAUUACCACGAGCGUUUCUGCGGUAAUUUUAUAUGCCCUGAGGAUCAGAAAGCGUCACGCUAUGACUCAUUGGACCAUGAGUGGGUUAAUGUACAACCUAACACUAAUUAUGAAGGUUACGUAUACUGGGGUGAGUAUCCCCUCAGUUUCGCAGCAUGUCUGGGUCAAGAAGAAUCCUACAGGCUGAUCUUAGCACGAGGCGCAGACCCUGAUAAGCAGGAUACUAAUGGAAAUACUGUAUUACAUAUGCUUAUUAUAUAUGAUAAAAUGAGCACAUUUGACAUGGCAUACGAAGUUGGUGCAUCUUUAAACAUACGCAAUGUUCUUAAUCUAACUCCUCUCACUCUGGCUGCCAAGCUAGCCCGUACAGAUCUUUUUGUCCACAUCCUGAACAUUGAACGGGAGAUAUACUGGCAGAUCGGAGCCACCACUUGUGCCGCUUAUCCAUUAGGACUGGUGGACACUAUUGACACUGAAACUGGGCUCAUUCAUAAAGACUCCGCGCUGAAUUUGGUUGUGUUUGGUGAAAAAGACGAGCACUUAGAACUUCUGGAUGGCAUGCUUAUCAACCUGUUAAAGAUCAAAUGGAAUACAUUUGUGAAAUUUCGUUUCUAUCGUCGCUUUAUAGUAUUUUCGUUUUACUUCUUAGUGUCACUUGUUUGCUUCACUUUACGCCCAGGGCCACCAGAUCGCACUGCUAACUCUACCGUAGUGAACUCCACAGCGGGUCCAACUCUCAAUUUGACUCUUGAUGUCGCAAACUGUACAGCGAUUCUUAAAGGGACAGAAUUGGAUUCUGGCGCAGUAGAGGUGAUUAAUGUAACAAGACCAGACAUUCACUGCAGUCGAUUCAAGAGCCAUCGAAAAGAUAAAGAUAAAUCUUUUGAUUCACCAAGAGAGUCCAUGGGAGAUUGGUGGCAGGAUCUUACAGAAGAAUGCAGGUUAAUGAAUUUUGACUCAUGGCAAGCAAAAGUACGAAUUUCAGGAGAAUUAUUGCUUUGGCUGGGGGCUAUAGCGUUUAUAGGAGGAGCUCUCAGAGAAGCGAGGUUUUUGGGAUUAAAAAUGUUUAUUGAGAAUUUAAGUACAGUGCCUUCAAGGAUAAUGUUUCUAUUUUCCUGCCUGCUAAUGUUGGUACUGCCGACUCUGAGACUCUGGUGUGCUGAUGAGGAGGAGGAUCAUCUUGCUGUGAUUAUUAUGCUUACCACUGCUCCGUAUUUUUUAUUCUUUUGCAGAGGUUUCAAAACUGUCGGCCCCUUCGUGGUGAUGAUCUAUAAAAUGGUGAUGGGAGAUCUUUUGCGUUUCGUGUGCAUUUAUUUGGUGUUCGUCAUGGGAUUUUCGCAAGCAUACUACGUUAUAUUUUUAUCAUUCGAUAAUCCAAACACGCCGGAGGGAGUCGACGACUCUGUGUCGAACCCCAUGCCAUCACCUAUGGAAAGCAUUAUGGCUAUGUUCCUAAUGUCGCUCACCUCCUUCUCAGAUUAUUAUAGCGCAUUUGAACGUACGGACCACGAGAUUGAAGCGAAGCUUCUGUUCGUCCUGUACAUGAUAAUAGUGGCCAUACUUCUAGUCAACAUGUUGAUCGCUAUGAUGGGAAACACGUAUCAGAAGAUAGCGGAGACACGCAACGAAUGGCAGAGGCAGUGGGCUCGCAUCGUGCUGGUGGUGGAAAGAGGAGUGCCCCCGCAACAGCGAUUGAAACAGCUGCUGACUUACAGCCAACCGAUGGCUAAUGGAAAGAGGGCGCUGGUUUUGAGGAUUAAUCAGACGGAUGAAGAAAAAGAAGAAAUGAAGGAGAUUUUUGAAAUGAAACGAACUCACGACCGGAUUGUGGCAAAGAGGAAGCAACGUGAGGCGGAAAUAAAGGGAUGCAAGGGACGUCCGCCUCCGCAGCCCGUUCGCGACUAUCCAAUUAAGAAAUAA